UGUUCCCCCAGGCGCUGUUUGUCUUCAUGGCUCUGUCCUUCUCCCGUGACGAGGUUCUGUGGCUGGUCAGGCACUCUGAGAAUAUCCCCAAGACCAAGACCCCCGAGGACUAUGUAGACGCGCAGAUGGCAGAGCUGCUCUUCCACAUGGAGAAGCUGAGAGCCCUGAUGACCAAGCACAGACGCUUGGUGCAGCGCUACCACGUCCAGUACCUGGCCCAGUUUGAUGCCCUGGUACUCAAUGACACCAUACAGAACAUGUGUGUCUGUCCAGAAGAGGAAUCUGUCUUGAUGACAUCGUUUGUUUCAACCCUGUCGGUUCUCAGUAUUAAACAAGUGGAGAACGGAGAAGAUUUUGACUUCAGAGCUGUCAGACUGGACUGGCUCAGACUGCAGGCCUAUACCAGUGUGUCCAAGGCUCCCCUCUCCCUGAAGGACUACCCUGACCUGGCCAAGGUGAUGAACAUGACCCAGUUCCACACCAGGAUGGUGGACAGCAUCGACGCCAUGCUCCUGGAGACUGCUGAUCUCUCCACUCUCUGCUACUACCAGCGUGUGUUGGAGAAGAUGUUCAGCCAGAGCAGUGAGGAGGUGACCAUGCAGCGCUACCUCAUGUCCUUCCCCCUGGUCUGCACCCACUUCAGCAGUGGCUCCAACCAGCUCUGCCCAGAGGAGAUACAGGCCAUUCAGAAGAGGAGUCUGCGUGUGUGUGUGACCUUCCUGGAGGAGAUAGCCAGACAGACCGGCAGCGUGAUCCUGGACAUAUGCGCCGAGCAAUGCAACCUCCAUGACCAGCUACUGCCUAAGCACUGUGCUGGGACCAUCAGCGCGGCUCAUCGCAAGAGGCAGAAGAAACAGCAGGCCAAGAAGGGGGAGGUGCAGAAGGAGAAGCCAGGGGCAGAGAGUCAGAGGAAGGACAGGGCCAUCGUCACAAACAUGGACAAGAUGCACCUGACCCUGACCGAGCUGUGCUCCACCUUCGGCCUGUGCACUGACUUCACCAUGUUCGACCACGUGGUCAUCCCCACAGAGUUCCUCAUCUCCCAGCUAGAGACGCGAAUCUCAAAGAUCAUCGUGAGAAUGACUCAUUACAACCAGACCACCCAGGAGAUAGCUCGCCCCUCCGACCUGCUGGCCGCCAUCCGAGCCUACACGGCCAGCGUGCACACCCUGUCACGUUACAUCAGCGUGGACGUCACUCGGCUGGUCAAGAAUGUCCUGCUGCAACAGACCCAGCCUCUGGACUCGCAGGGAAGCCAGACCAUCACCACUCUCUACACUAACUGGUACCUGGAGGCGCUCCUGCGUCAGGCGAGCAACGCCAUGAUUGUCCACUGUCCCACAAUGCACUGCUUUGUCAAUCAGGGCAACGACAACGGCCAGAGUUUCAAAGCGGACCAAUACUCGGACAUCAUUGAAAUGCAGGCAUUAGCCGAGCUGAUUGGUCCCUAUGGCAUGAAGUUUCUGAGUGAGAAUCUGAUGUGGCACAUCACCUCCCAGGUCAGCGAGCUGAAGAAACUGGUGAUGGAGAACAUGGAUGUUUUGGUUCAGAUGAGAGCCAACUUUGAUAAGCCCGAAGCCAUGGCCAACCUUCAGAAGAGACUGCCAGCCAGCGAGAACGUGCUGAAGAGGAUGACCAUCGUGGGGGUGAUCCUGUCCUUCAGGACCAUGGCCCAGGAUGCCCUGGAGGACGUCAUGAACCAACGCUGUCCAUACCUCAUGGGUCCCAUACAGUACCUGAGGGACUUUAUCUCUUCAGAAAACGACAUCAAGGUGACUAUGAGUGUGUUUGAGCUGGCGGCGGCGGCAGGGCUGACAUGUGACAUUGACCCCGCCCUGGUGGCAGCCAUCGCCAGCAUGCGCUCAGACGGCUCCUCUGUGGAGGAGGAGUACAAGCUGACCUGUCUGCUCCUGGUGUAUGUGGCUGUGUCUCUGCCCACCCUGGCUCUGGACCCCAACUCCUUCUACAGCAAGGAGCACGGAGGGCACCACAACAACAUCCACUGCUUGGCCACAGCCAUCAACCAGCUGGCGGCCGCCAUGUACACCGUCCAGAACAAGAACAUCCAGCAGCACAUGAAGGAGUUUCUCACUGUGGCGUCUUCCACCCUGUUGCAACUGGGCCAGAACGUGGAGAGAGCGGAGAGUGGAAAGAACCGAGACUCGAUCUACCUGCUGCUUCACAUGAUUGUGGAGGCUUCUCCCUUCCUGAGCCAGGACAUGCUGGAGAGCUGCUUCCCCUACGUCCUUCUGAGGAACGCCUACAGGGAGGUCUACAAGGCCGUCAUCAUCACACUGGGGUGAUCUAGAAGCAUCUCUUCACAGCACCGCCGCUCAUGUCUGCUGCUGGCCUGGGUGCUUGGAGUCUCUGUUGUAAUAUUUGACUAUUUGACUAUUUGAAUUUUGAGGUUUUCCCCCAGUUUGGGUACAUUUAAUGUUUGAAAUUAUCUUAAAACGAUCUAAACCAGCAUACCAGCUAACAAAACCAGCCUUGCAUUGUAACUUUUCAGGAUUUUUCAUUGUUACCCUUUUUUAAAGUGUUUUUGACGAGAUGUACAAUUUAGUGUAUGGUCUUGAGUGAUUUUGUCUUACUAAAGCUAACACCUAUGAAUAAAGAAAAUGAGAAAUUACCUUAACAGAGAGGGCCUUUGUCAGUUACGGUAUAAUAUGCAUCACAAUGGCCACAACAUCUGAAAGAAAUUUAAGGACCAAAUUAUUAUGGUUUUAAUUAGGUUUUAUAAAUUGUGUGUUUAGUAGUGAGAUGCUUUUAUUGAAUGUAACAUGGCAGUAGUCAACAAGCAAUAAUAUCCUACAAAGGAGGAACAAUAAUCUGUGUGUGUAAUAACAGAGGAGGGAUCCAAUUCAGAGAAUUAUUCCCCAGAUUAUUUUCAGUCUCUCCCUGUCGUUUCCCAGUCCCCAGGCAGUACUCUGGUGAUCUGUUGGUACGGUGGGGAAAUAUCUCUCCCCCUUCCUCUCUCUUCCUUUCUAUCUCUCUCUCCCUUCCUCUCUCUUCCUUUCU